UUCAGGAGCAGAGCCCAGUUUUUGGAGUUCCCUACAGAGUUUUAACGGUUUUAUAAUGAAUGUACAAAAGAGAGUUUCAUUUCAUGAUGUAUCUCUACUGUUCUCUUCAACGUUCUCUAGUGGAGAUUCUAUUACAGCCAUGGACAUGUCCACAUCCCUCAAAAUGAGCUCCAUGACCACCCAGAGUCUCUUCAGCCACGUGGAGGAGGAAAACCUAUUGGCCAUCAAAGUGCAUCUGGAUAAAUACAAAGAAGUGGACACCAGAAGUGAAAAUGGCCAGACUGCUCUGAUGGUGGCGUCAGAGCAGGGCAGUCUAGAGAUCGUGAAGGAGCUCAUCAGGAGGGGAGCAAACGUCAACUUGGAUGAUAUUGACUGCUGGACAGCGCUGAUUUCAGCUGCUAAGGAGGGACACGUUGAGGUGGUGAAGGAACUGUUGGAGAACAAUGCUAAUGUGGAGCACAGAGAUAUGGGGGGCUGGAGCGCUCUCAUGUGGGCCUCUUAUAAGGGUCGUGUGGAGGUGGCACGUCUACUGUUGGAGAAAGGAGCAAACCCAAACAUCACUGGACAGUAUAGUGUUUACCCCAUCAUCUGGGCAGCAGGAAGAGGUCAUGCAGAGAUAGUUCAGCUGCUGCUUCAGCACGGAGCCAAAGUCAACUGCUCUGACAAGUAUGGCACCACACCCCUGAUCUGGGCUGCCAGGAAAGGCCAUUAUGACUGUGUGAUGCACCUGCUGGAGGAUGGGGCCAAUGUGGACCAGGAAGGAGCGAACUCAAUGACUGCUCUGAUAGUGGCCGUACGUGGUGGUUUCACAGAGGUUGUGAAAGAUCUGCUGAAGAGAAAUCCCAACAUGAAUAUGACUGAUAAAGAUGGCAACACAGCACUGAUGAUCGCUGCCAUAGAGGGCUACACUGAGAUUGUACAGGACUUACUGGACGCUGGCACAUAUGUCAACAUCCCUGAUCGGAGUGGUGAUACUGUACUUAUCGGUGCUGUCAGAGGAGGCCAUGUGGAGAUUGUCCGAGCUUUGCUUAACAAAUAUGCUGAUAUUGAUGUCAAAGGCCAGGAUGGUAAGACUGCCCUGUACUGGGCUGUAGAAAAAGGCAAUGCAACCAUGGUACGAGAUAUUCUGCAAUGCAACCCAGAUACUGAGGCCUACACUAAGGAUGCAGAAACCCCUCUCAUAAAAGCCACUAAGAUGAGAAACAUUGAGAUUGUGGAGUUGCUUCUGGACAAAGGUGCCAAAGUGUCAGCAGUGGAUAAGAAAGGAGACACAGCCCUGCAUAUUGCCAUUCGCGGGAGAAGCCGUAAGCUUGCUGAGCUGCUCUUAAGGAACCCUAAAGAUGGCCGCCUGCUCUACCGGCCCAACAAAGAGGGCGAGACUCCUUACAACAUUGACUGCACCCACCAGAAGAGCAUCCUCACCCAGAUAUUUGGAGCCAAGCACCUGUCUCCCUCUGAGUGUGAUGGGGACAUGCUGGGUUAUGACCUGUACAGCAGCGCUUUGGCUGACAUCCUCAGUGAGCCCACCAUGCAACCCCCCAUCUGUGUGGGGCUCUAUGCCCAGUGGGGCAGCGGCAAGUCCUUCUUGCUCAAGAAACUAGAGGAUGAGAUGAAGAUGUUUGCGGGGCAGCAGGUGGAGCCGUUGUUCCAGUUCUCAUGGUUGGUGGUGGUGUUGACUCUGCUGCUGUGUGGAUCUGUGACUCUGGUCCUGGGCUUCACUGUUGAUCCGAAGCUGGCCAUCGCUGUGGCCCUGAGCCUGCUCGCCCUAAUGUACAUCUUCUUUGUUUUGGUGUACUUUGGUGGAAGGAAAGGCGGGGAGAGUUGGAGCUGGGCCUGGGUCAUCAGCACCAGACUGGCCCGCCACAUCGGUUACCUGGAGCUGCUGCUCAAACUCUUGUUCGUCAAUCCCCCUGAGCUUCCGGAACAAACCACCAAAGCCCUGCCCAUCAGGUUUCUUUUCACGGACUAUAACCGUCUGUCGAGUGUGGGAGGGGAGACGUCCAUGGCGGAAAUGAUAGCCACACUGUCAGAUGCCUGUGAGAGAGAAUUCGGCUUCUUAGCCACCAGACUCUUCAGAGUCUUCAAAAAUGAUGAAAAUCAAGGAAAGAAGUGGAAGAAGACAUGUUGCGUCCCUUCCUUUGUGCUCUUUGUGCUGACGUCGGGCUGUCUGAUUACGGGCAUGACCCUGCUGGCCAUCUUCAAGGUGGAUGUAGAGAAUCUCACCGUGAACGCUGUUCUGAUCGCUAUGGCCAGUGUGGUGGGUCUGGCUGUGCUGCUGAACUGUCGGACCUGGUGGCAGGUGGCUGACUCUGUGUUGCACUCUCAGAGGAGGAGAUUGCUCAAUGCUGCCAACAGCAUGCACAAGCUGAAGAGUGAGGGAUUCAUGAAGGUUCUGAAGUGUGAAGUGGAGCUCAUGGCUAAAAUGGCCAAAACCAUUGAUGGCUUCACCCAGAAUCAGACCCGGCUGGCUGUCAUCAUAGAUGGCCUGGAUUCCUGUGAACAGGACAAAGUGCUGCAGAUGCUGGAUACGGUUCGAGUGCUCUUCUCUAAAGGUCCCUUCAUUUCCAUCUUUGCCAGUGACCCUCAUAUCAUCAUCAAAGCCAUAAACCAGAACCUCAACAGUGUGCUACGCGACUCUAACAUCAACGGCCACGACUACAUGCGAAACAUCAUCCACCUGCCUGUUUUCCUCAACAGCCGCGGCCUCAGCACUGCCAAGAGACUCUGCAUCGCCUCACCAGCCUAUGCAGACCAACUUAACACUGAUGCGUGGCAAGAGGACAUGGACAGGAUGUUGUCUCAGAACAGUCUCGGAGAGCAGGGCAGGCAGGGCAGUAAAACGGCACUGAUCCGCAGGGACACGUACCGCAGAAGACAGAUGCAACGUACUGUCACACGGCAGAUGUCCUUUGACCUGACCAAGCUGCUGGUCACUGAGGACUGGUUCAGUGACAUCAGCCCUCAGACUAUGAGGAGACUGCUCAACAUUGUCUCCGUCACAGGUCGUCUCCUCAGAGCCAAUCAGAUCAUCUUUAACUGGGACCGGCUGGCAUCCUGGAUCAAUCUGACGGAGGAGUGGCCGUACCGUACAUCCUGGAUCAUCCUGUUCCUGGAGGAGGCUGAUGGAGUCUCAGAUCAGGUCACACUGAGGACCAUCUAUGAGAGGAUCUCUAAAAACAUCCCCACCACUAAAGACGUGGAGCCCCUGCUGGAGAUCGAUGGUGAUAUUCGUAGUUUUGAGGUGUUCCUCUCCUCUCACACCCCUGUUCUCACCACCCGUGAUGUGGAGAUGUUUCUGCCCUGCACUGUCAACCUGGAUCCCAAACUAAGGGAGAUCAUUGCAGAUGUGCGAGAUGCACGCGAGCAGAUGCACCUUGGAGGAGUCAGCUAUCCCACAAUGCCUCUGCAAGAUGCUUCGGCCCGGCCGCAGUCUUCGUUUGGACAGCACUCUUUGGCCUGCUCUCCCACAGGCUCUUUCCCUGGUUCUUUUCACCCUGCUGGAAUGCUGCCGCCUGCCCAGCCGCACAGCAGCUACUUCAGUGGGCUUACCGGCCCCCAGCAUCCCUUCUACAACCGGCCUUAUUUCCCUCAUCAUGUUUAUCACUUGCCCCGACAUUACCCAGGCAACCCCCAUCAUGCCCCCUCACGCCCACCUACUAAACUCCAUAAGGACCCCAGCAUGGGACUAGGUGUAAUCAUAGAGGACUCCAGUGAGGGUCUUCCCUCUCCUACAUCCCCCUCUAUGAUCAAAUCUCAGUCCUUCAAACUGAAGCAGGUCCCUGGUCCUGGGGCUUUUAGUGGGCCUCAGGCCCUCCUCAGUUCACUGAGCAUUGAGGGUGUGUGCGAGAAACUCAAACACAUCCAAGGCCUAGACUCUAGCAUGCUGGAUCAGUACAUCAGCACAAUCAGAAAGGCCAAUGUGAAUGGUCGGGUUCUGUCUCAAUGCAACAUCGAUGAGCUCAAGAAGGAAAUUAACAUGAACUUUGGAGAUUGGCAUCUUUUUAAAGCAAUGGUUUUAGAGCAACGUCAUAUGGAGAGCCAGCUGUUGCAUGAUGAAUCGGGAGCAUGCAGUGAGCAGGGCAGCAGCAUGGUGACUCAAUCCGAACUUCAUAGACCUUCCAAAGCAGCACAAGACGUGACCAUCAACCCAGAAAACUUUACAUACAGCCUCAACCUGAGCUUUGAAGAGCUCAGCAGUUUGGGGCUGGAGGAGCCUGCCAGACAACACAAUGCCCACUGGCUGGCCAACAAUCACAGGACGGCCAGUAUGUCCAGCCUGAACUCUCAGGAAUCUUCCAAUGACAUCUGUAAGCUGACUGAUAAACAACAGGCUGAGUACCGCGACGCCUACCAGGAGUACAUCACUCAUAUGGCCCAACUGGAAGUCUCUGCUCCUGGACGAGAGAGUCCUGCUAAAGCCCCGACCAGCCAGUUCCUCCAGCCCAAAUCUGAAGACAAGUCUAAGGAGAAAGAGCAUGAAGGGUGCAAACCUUUCACAAAAAAAGGCUCCAAACCUGGAGACAGUGUGGUGGACCUCUCCUCUGCCCCUGACAGCAGCCUCCUAGAUCCCAUAACAGAGGAGGAUGAGAAGUCUGAGCCUGGAUCUGCCAGUAAAGUCCCACUCAGACGCAAGACCAAAGGCCAGGGUCCGAGUUACCAGAGUGUGCCCAGCGAUGAAGAGGAGUCUGGGGGCGAGGAGACGGAUGCCACCCCAUUGCUGAGGGAGGAGGCCUGGUCUACUGAGCAAGAUCUCUUAACCAAGAGGAAAAGCUUAAUUUCAGACAUUAUGCUGGACAAGAAAUCAUCUGACUCUGGCGUGAGAUCCAGCAGGAGCUCAUCUGAUCACUCUCUACAAGAUGAAGAGAACGAUCCAGCUCAGGAGAAAGAGGCGAAGUCCACUGAGAAGAAAGAAGAGGAGACCCAUCUGAUUGAGCUAGUUCUUGAGAGCCCAGUAAAGAAGCGAGUUCUACCACAUAGGUUGAGUAACCUGCAGGACGAGGCUGUGGCCCGGAUGUCCAUCUGUUCUGAUGCUCCAUCUGAGAGCAGCCUGCUGGUCAGCAGCCCUGAGGAGAGCUGGCCUGCUUCAGCAGUGAGCAAUCUCAAUUGCUCACCUGAUAACACGACACUUAACAACAACCUCAACAACAGCAGCCAGCAGUCUAUCCUGCAGCAGGAGACACCCAGCUCCACUGAUUCCCCUUCACUCAUUAUAGGACCCGGCUCCAGUAUCGAGACCACACUGCUGCCCAACCAGAACCUGCGUGGAAUCCACCUGAAGAGGGCAGCAUCAACCGGGGCUGCAACCGAUGCUGCUGAGGAAAGAGAGAGUGUUCUGUAAGAACCAAAUGAAAAGAGAUAGUUCACCCAAAAAUGAAAAUUCUGUCAAAUUCAUGUCGUUCAAACCCAUUUUACUUUCUUUAUUUUUCUCUAAUGGAAUACAAAAGGAGAUGUUAGGCAGAAUGUUAGCCUUGGUCAGCAUUCACUUUCUUUGCAUCUUUCUUUACAAUAAAAGUGAAUAGUGACUGAGGCUAACAUUCUGCGUGAUAUCUUUAGGAGUUUGAAACAACAUGAGAGUGAGUAAAUGAUGACAGAAUUUUCAUUGUUGGGUGAACUAUCCAUUUAAUGCCGUUUGUAACAACUGGCAAAAUUGAAACAAAAUUUGUACAUUUUACUUUUUCACUUAGAAAAUUUAUCACUCUAAUUAGAUUCUUGACAGAGUGAAAAAGACUAUACAGAUCAGUUCAAAGUCAUGUUAAAAGUGCUCUUAGUCAGAGCAGUAGUGCAGAAGUAGCGUGUGUGUUCUUGGGAAAUUAGAGCUCAUUAGAGUCCUGACUGUGUCACCUCCUGAACCCAUUUCCCUCUCUCCUCACCCUUCAUUUUCCUGUGUAAUAAAACACAAAAGGCCCAAAAAAGUGCUCCUAAAUUGACUGGAUUAGGAAAAAUAGACAUACUGUAGCUGUUGUUGGAGAAGUGUUAAAAUAUAAUGCAAUAACCAGUUUGUGAAGCGGUUCGUAGUUUCUGAUUUGUUUAGAGCAAAUAUUAUUUCAUGCUGUUUUGCCAACAUUAAAGGAAUAGUUCUCCCAAAUUUAAAUUCUCUCAUCAUUUUCUCACCCUCAUGCCAUCCCAGAUGUGUUUGACUUUCUUUAAUCUGCUGAAUACAAAUGAAGAUUUUUAGAAAAAUAUCUCAGCUCUGCAAGUGAAUGGUGGGCAAAACUUUGAAGCUCCAAAAAAGCACAUAAAGGCAGCAUAAAUGUAAUCCAUACAACUCCAGUGGUUUAAUCCAUGUCUUCAGAAGCGAUAUGAUAAAUGUGGGUGAGAAACAGAUCAAUAUUUAAGUCCUUUUUCACUAUAAAUCUCCACUUUCAAACAGCCCUCCUAAGCGCUCUUCUCUCCUAAGGGUUCUUCUUUCAUUUUUGGUGAUUUACAUUCUUCGUGCUUAUCGCCACCUACUGGGCAGGGAGGAAAUUUUAUAGUAAAAAGGGACUUAAAUUGAUCUGUUUCUCACCCACACCUAUCAUAUGGCUUCUAAAGACAUGGCUUUAACCACUGGAGUCGUAUGGAUACUUUUAUGCUUCUUUAUAUACUUUUUGGAGCUUCAAAGUUCUGGCCACCAUUCACUUGCAUUGUAUGGACCAAAAGAGCUGAGCAAUUCUUCUAAAAAUAUUUGUGUUCAGCAGAAGAAAGAAAGUCAUACACAUCUAGCAUGGCAUGAGGGUGAGUGAAUGAUGAGAAUUUUUUUUUUUUUUUUUUUGGUUAAACUGUUCCUUUAAAGAUGUAGUCUAGAUUGGUCCAUAUUAACAUCAUUUAGUAGGGUGGGGAUUUAACCACACAUAGUGUUGCUGUUUUUGCUGUGAUUGGUAUUGUGAAAGCUGUUACGUACUGUAUGUGUCAUUCAGGUCAUCCCUCUAGUGCGCUCAACUUUUUUUUUUUAUUAUCUAUGUGUGCAAAUCAGUGUAACAUUAAGUGAAGAAUAAGAAAUAACAGGGUUUUGUGAGGCAUGUUUUGCAUGUUUGCCAAGUGUGCAAAAUCAAGUGACAUUUCCUCAAACUGUUUUGUCCCAUUUUCUUGCAGUAGGCUAAUAAAACAUCCUAAAUACACUGCAGUCUGAUCGUCAUUAUAGUGAAAUAUAUCAAACGUGUGUGGUGAAAUCACAUCACUAAAUUUGAGUUUUAUGGCUCAGUUAUUUACUAGUGAUGGUGGUAUCAAC